AGCAAAUAAGGAGUAAAUUUUUACCGUAAAUUACUAACUACGGAGUAAGUUUCAGGCUGCUGAAAUUGUAAACCAGGUUCACUUUCAAGUUUCAAGACAAACACUAGGGUUUUGGCUUCAAACAUUGGAGCUCCUCAUGGCGGCAACUGUAAGAGGUCUUCCGCUCCGUUUACAACGGUGUCCAGCCAAUUUCGUUCCGGGUACUUCUUUCUCCAGUUCCCAUGGGCAACCCAAAAAUUCAGACAUCCUGAAUCAUAUCAAGAAGAAACUAGCUGAUUCGCCAAGCUGUUCUGCCCCUCCGUCGUCACGUGUUUCUCCGCCAAUUACUUCAUUUCGGGAGAUUUACGAUCGGAGUUUAGCCCCCAAGGAAAAAGAAUCCAGGCCCGAUGGGGCAAAGCCUGUCACCUACAAGCUUGGCUUGGACAGUAUUACAAAAAACUUGAAUCGGCUCAGAGAAAGUAGUCAAGGUGCUGCUCAGGGGAAAAACCAUAAUCAGUUUUCACUUUCUACAUUAAGGGGCAACUUAGGGCUGAGGCUUGGUGAUCCGAGCACAGCAGAAAAGGGGGUACCAAUUGGUAGCCACAAGUUUCCAACCUCUGUAGGUGACAAGGGUAUCAAUGAUUUGAAAGGUGGGUAUGACAGAGGAGCUGUGGAAGAGUCAUUUGAGCUCCCGUAUGAUCACAAUGAGCUGGGGCAGAAAUUGAUAAAAUUGAGGCCGGAUCACUUGGGAAACAAGAAUUGGUUUUCAUUACAAGAAUUGAAUGAUAGAUUACUGAAAGUUAGUGAGAUCGCCAAGGAAGAGUACAAGGCUAAAAACACUGGAGAGUUAGCGAUGCUGAGGAGUAACUUGAAGUCAAUAGAAAAAAUUGGAACUGCUGCUAAGAACGAAAUCAGCCACUAUGGGGCUGUGGAUAUGACACGCCUAUUUGGAGAAAAGUCAGAAUACUUAUCACAUCCUCCCAAGGAGCACUUAGUUGAAAAGUAUUUUGAUCCAGCUCUCAUGUCAUCUGCAGAGAAAAUGAAGUUGGAGCUAAAGAAAGUCAGAGAUGAAUUUAAAAUGUCAGAGUCCGAUUGUGGCUCUGCUCGUGUUCAGGUAGCUCAACUCACCACCAAAAUCAAACACCUAUCAGGAGUUCUGCAUAAAAAGGAUAAACAUUCUCGAAAAGGACUUCAAGCAAUGGUCGAGAAGAGGAAGAAGAUGUUGAAGUAUCUCCGGAGGACUGACUGGGGCUCGUACUGUCUCGUGCUAUCUAAGCUUGGCCUCCCUGAAAAAGAUUACUACAAGGAGUAAAAACUGCCACAUGCUCAACUCUUUGCAAGCUCGGGUUGGAAGCAAAGCCUUUUUUUUUUUUUUGCGAAUUGUGGCUGUCACUUAAUUUCCUACCCCCCACGGGUUCCCUAAUUUUUUUUUCUAACAUUGCUUGAAUGCACUUUUGCAAAAAUAAUUUUUUUAGUACACU